AUGGCGAGCAUUAUGAAGGCAGUUGACAUCCGAGGUGGCAAGGGCGAAAUAGAUGCCCUCUUCAUCAACGACGAAACUCCAGUACCAUCCCCUACGGACGACCAGGCUCUCAUCCGUAUCAAAGCCUUUGGCAUCAACCGUAUGGAUAUCAUCCAGCGGCGCGGAUUUUACCCGCUCCCUCCCCAGGCGCCCUUGACCCUUGGCGUCGAAUUCAGCGGCGUCAUCGAGUCUUUCGGCUCCGAUGACCGUGGCGGUUUCAAGGAGGGAGACGAGGUGUUUGGGCUGGCCUACGGCGGCGCCUACGCCGAGUACAUCGCCGUCAGUACGCGGAUGCUGUUGCACAAGCCCAAGGCUAUGAGCUUUGAGACGUGCGCUGGUAUCCCAGAGACGUGGAUCACGGCGACACAGGCGCUCCACCUCGUGCUGGGCUUCGCGCGGGGUAAGUCGAUCCUGUGGCAUGCGGGCGCCUCGGGCGUGUCUAUUGCUGGCAUCCAGCUGUCCCGCGUGGCCGGCGCCUCUGCUGUCUAUGCCACAGCUGGGACGCAGGACAAGUGCGACUUCAUCACCUCGAAGCUCGGGGCCACGGCGGCUUUCAAUUACAAGACGCAGGACUGGGCCGAGGAGAUCAAGAGCCACACCGGGGGCAAGGGCGUGGACUUCAUCGUCGAUUUUGUCGGCGGAGACUACUUCCAGCAGAACAUCACCGUUGCCGCCCGCGAUGGCCGCAUAGUUCUCCUUGGUACUCUGAGUGGGGGCAAGGUUCCCAACGCCGACAUCUCGCAGAUCCUGUUCAAGCGACUGCGCAUCGAAGGCAGCACGCUGAGGAGCCGUGACGUGGUAUACCAGGGGGAGCUACGUGACAAGCUCGAGGAGUACCUCCCGGAUUUUGAGUCUGGAAAGUUGAAGAUAUUUGUGGACAAUGUUCUCCCUUGGGAGAAGAUUCAGGAGGCCCACCAGCACAUGGAGGACGCCAAGAACCUGGGAAAGAUAAUCUGCACCAUCCCCUAA